GGCGGGGCCUGCGCAGAGGCGUUACCUCGCCCUAGCCCGGUUCCUCUGGCCCUCAACGGACUGUGCCUCUGCGGAGGCUUUCCUCCCUCUCUUCCUCCUGAGUGCGCAGCCAUGAGCUGGGCUGCCGGCGUGCUGCGGUCCAACCAGAGAGCCAGCGCGAAGCUCCUGGGCCCCGGGAGGGCGCGCAGGCCCCCUCGGGCGGCGCAGGUCCCGCUGGGCGGCGGCCGGCUGCUCACGCCCGUGUCGGAGAUGGCGACCGUGAAGGGGGAGCUCUUCAAGAAUUUGGCUCCCGAGGAGCGCGUCCACCACACCAAGGUGUCCAUUAUAGGGAGCGGGUCGGUGGGCGUGGCCUGCGCCUUAAGCAUCUUGCUGAAAGGCCUGAGCGAUGAGCUCGCCCUCGUGGAUGUUAACGAAGCCAGGCUGAAGGGCGAGACCAUGGACCUUCAGCAAGGCAGCGCCUUCGCGAAGCUGCCCAACAUCGUGUGCAGCAGAGACUACCUGGUCACCGCCAACUCCAGCCUGGUGAUUAUCACGGCAGGGGCGCGCCAGGAGAAGGGAGAAACCCGCCUCGACUUAGUCCAGCGGAAUGUGGCCAUCUUUAGAUUGAUGAUUUCCAGUAUCGUCCAGUACAGCCCCCGCUGCAAACUGAUCGUGGUUUCCAACCCAGUGGAUAUCUUGACCUACGUAUCCUGGAAGUUGAGUGCGUUUCCCAAAAGCCGCGUUAUUGGAAGUGGCUGUAAUCUGGAUACUGCUCGUUUCCGUUUUUUGAUUGGACAAAAGCUUGGUAUCCACUCCGAAAGCUGUCAUGGGUGGGUCCUUGGAGAACAUGGAGACUCGAGUGUUCCCGUGUGGAGUGGAGUGAACAUCGCUGGCGUCCUUCUAAAAGAUCUGAACGCAGCUAUAGGUACUGGUAAGGACCCUGAGCAGUGGGAAAAUGUCCACAAAGAAGUGGUUAACAGUGCCUAUGAGAUUAUUAAAAUGAAAGGUUAUACUUCGUGGGCCAUUGGCCUAUCUGUAGCUGAUUUAACAGAAAGUAUCUUGAAGAAUCUCAGGAGAGUGCAUCCAGUUUCCACCAUAAUUAAGGGUCUUUAUGGAAUAAAUGAAGAAGUAUUCCUCAGUGUUCCUUGUGUCCUAGGAGAAAAUGGUAUAACAGACAUUAUAAAGAUAAAGAUGACCCCUGAAGAGGAGGCCUGCUUGAAAAAGAGUGCAAAAACUCUUUGGGGAAUUCAGAAGGAGCUCAAGCUUUGAAAUUGUUUGGAGACCCCAUUCUGAAGUUACUGAAGACAAGAUAUAGAUAUAGGAUUGUGUAUGCCAAGGUUUGGAAUAACUUGAAUUCCUAAAAAUUGAUGAAGAGGUUCCCCUCUUUAUUUAGCCCUCCAGGUUUUGUUUGUUUGGUUUUAUUAUUUAGUAUCCAGAUGUUAGAUGGUACUUUUUACAAUUCUUGACUGCAACACAAAAGGGGGUUUUGGUGUCUCUUAUGUAUCAGUACUUUCCUUGAACAUCAGUGUCGUUGCUAUCUAGUCCAAAAACAAGUCUGUUUGGUUUUGGAUACAAAACAAAGAUAUUGGUGUUUAUUGUAUUAUAGAAAUUCCAUUCUUUUUGUUAAAUACAUACUAAUUCAUUCUGGCUCAUUAAUAAAUAUGUUCACUUAUAUACUCUUUUUAAAAGUUGUAACUUCCUCUAAUGUAGAAAUAAAAUUGUGUACACACAUGGUACUUUUUUGUAAUGAAUCCAUCUUGAGGCUUCCCUCUUUUUGCUGGAACAGCCAAGCAGCUGGACCAUUAAACACAAACAUCAUGAAAUGGGGACUCCGUGUGUGUGUGUGUGUGUGUGUGUAUGCAGCACACGUGUGCAUGCAUGCCUGUGAAGCGAGAUCAUUAAGAUAUGAAAAUAAUGGUGAUCAGAUGUAGCUGUUAUCAAACGUUCAAUGCAGUAAAGUAGAAUAUCUUUAGAAAGAGGCCUGACAGUCACAGGUAGUACAGCUACUGUCAUUGAUUUGGCAAAAAAAGGAAACCCUUGAAUUGUGCAGUUACCAAAAGUAAAACCUGAUUUAGAGAAAGCAUUUCAGACAUGCCUGUGAGAACCUCAUCUGCUGUGUUGUUAAAUCAAGAUGCUAUUAUAAGUUGUUCUAGCUGGGCUAGGUCUUAGUACUGUGGGCUCUGGCUCCGAGAGUCAUCCCUGUUGCUUGGUUUAUUUCAUGUGAACAGCUUUUGCUUUUCAGUUGUGCCCAGUUUUUAAUUGCUUCAUAAGACUUGGCCAUCUUAGUGAGAAUUGCUUUUCUCAGAAAACAUUCAUUUCAGUUCAUACUCUAGACUUUAUGGAUAUGAUAUACUAAGAGUUUAGGGAAAAGUAAAGAUGGUUUAUCUGUCCUUUACUUAAAGGACAAUAUUAAUAACUUAGAAAAUGGAAAGCUGAGAUUUAAAAAUUCACAUUAGCUUUACUAACACCAUUAAAUAUCUAAAUGAGCAACAUGAUUAUGUUCUAAUACAUGUCAUCUUCAAAUCAUUGUUGCAAUCAGCAUCUGCUCUCUAAGCCAAGCCAGUGCUGGCUGCUUAGUUGAAUUUUAUCAAACAGAUUUAGGACAGCAGUCCCUCAUUAAAAAAAAAAUGACCCUGUGUAUGCUGAUCGGAUGAAUCUCCCAUAUACAAUUUCACUGAAAACAUCUAGAAAUGUUCUAAUUCCCCCAGGAAACAGUUUCAUAUAAAGGGAUUAACUGAUGUGCUGAGUUCCCUGAACAUGGGAAAACUAGUGGUUUGUUUGACCCAAGUGGUUAUAAGAGAUUUGUAGGGCUCAUUUGCAGAAUCCCUGUUCCCUCUUAUGUGAUAAGCUUUCAUUCAACUGUGUUACAGUCAUAAUUAUGACUUUAGGGUAUCAGAGUAUGCCUUAUGUCUGUUUUAUAUGUCAGCCAGGAUAGGCUGAGUUAUGCCACAACGAAAGACAAUCUCCCCACAAUCUCCCUUAAAAUACAGAGGUUUAUUUCUCACUCAUGUAGAAGCCACAGUGGGUUCAAGUGACUCUCUUGGAAAGCUCUUCUUCAAGUUCUGGCUUAGCACCUCAGGUUACUUUUAUCUUGAAGCACCACCUGGGUGACACAGAGUUCCAGUACUGUGAUGGGAAGGCAGGAGAGGCGUAGAAAGUCAACUCCUGUGGUUAAUACUCAGCCUGGAAGUGACACACAUUUCUUUUUCUUAUAUACACUAGUCACAUGGUUAUCGAACUUCAAGAAGUGGGAGUAUGAUCCCUUAUCUCCAGAAGUAGAUGUAUACUGAUUCUUGGUGAAAAUUAGUGCUACAUCUGUCAUACAUCCAAAAGAAAAUAUCCACUAUUACAAGAGGUAUAUAUUAUGUUUUUAAAAAUGUUUUCAGUGAAAGGUGGCACAUGGGUGAAAGUUUUAGAGACACUUUGUAAUGAUAAUUUUUAUCUCCUGAUAUAUUAGUAUUAUAUGGUCUUACUCUGUUCUGUUUUAGGAAGAAACUGAAUUACCAUAUUCUUAAAAGUUAUCAUUGAUGCUAUAAUCACUGACAUAUCUAAAGGCUGUGCCUUCAUAUCAGUAGAUCCUAUAAUGAUCCUGGCAAUAGUCCUACAUCUGCAAGUGAGAAGAUAGAAACUAAGUGAACUCGUUAGUGGCAAAAACAACUCAAAAGAGUUUUAAAUUCCAAUAACUGCCCAUUUAUUAGAAUUGAUGCUGUAAGGAUUUUCAGAAAUUAAUUAAACUGAGGUAUAAUCUGAAGAUCUUAAGUAUAUGGAGCUCCAUAUGGAGCUCUAAAGCAACUAGAGACCCUGUUUAUAACUUAAAUGUAGACAUUUAAGGCACCACCUUGGUGACAGAUUUCCAGUAUUGCGAUGGGAAUGCAGGAGAGGCCUAGGAAGUCACCUCCUAUGGUUAAUACUCAGCCUGGAAGUGACACACAUUUCUUUUUCUCAUAUACACUAGUCACAUGGUUAAGCUACAUAUACUUAAAAUCUGAAGUUGUUGUUGUUGUUUUGCUUUGGAGAAGUCAGUUCUUUCUGUGUACCAUCAAUAAAGAUUUUCAGAAUAAAAAACUAUACCAAAAACUCCCACAAAAUACAAAUAGUAGUCCACCAAGAUUGUGGCAACCAGAAAUAGACACCCACCUAUAGUUCCAGUUCCUUCCAGGGAUGAAGUGCUAUCUCUAGUGAAAAAAAAUCUGAAGAUUUUAAGUAUGCAGAGCUCCAUUGUCUAAAGCAACUUGAGACCUGUUUAUAACUUAAAUGUAGAUGCUGGAUUUCCAUAGCCACAGCUUGAACAUUCGAGACUAGGGCUAAGUGGUGUUUCCCCCACUCUUCUCGGUUCUUUCUCCUGUUUUGAAGCCCUUAUAUUCCUGGUUGGCUGUUUUCCAGAUGAUUCCUCCUACUGGUUCAGUUACUUACCUAUGACCCUGGGAACAAGUAAAUAAUACAGUAUGGGGGAAAUGAGAGGAAAGAAGAAAACCAGGCCAGGAAUGGGAAUGGGAGCACUAUCCUGCUGAAGUUGAGCAGCUGCCCUUCACUCUCCUACCCUGGCCUCCUUUGCUUCCCACCCACUGCUUCCUGGCAGCUUACUAUUCUAUGUCACUGAGAAGGGAGAACGGUAAAUGAUGCUGCUUGUGCCUUGGCCAUCUCACAUCCCUUUUGAAAACUGUGUCAUUAAGCUAAGUUUUAACAUGUUCACCCGGAAAGACGAAGGGAGAGAACCAGGCAACACAUUGUAAACCCUGUCUGAGAAGUGCCUGUUUUUCAGCUGCGAAAGUCUGUGCAAAGUUCCUCAAUGGGGGUAUGGUUGGUGCUUUGGAGAAGUCAGUUCUUUCUGUGUACCAUCAAUAAGGAUUUUCAGAGUAAAAAACUACCAAAAACUCCCACCAAAUACAAAUAGUAGUCCACCAAGAUUGUGACAACCAGAAAUAGACCCCCCCCCCAUAUUCCAGGUCCUUCCAGGGAUGAAGUACUGUCCCUAGUGAAGAACCUCUCAUAAAGGGAUCAUCAUAGUGCAAAAACUCUUCUCAGCAUGGAGAGUGAAAAGAAGGGGUGGGGGAAAGAGAGGCAUGUCCCAUAAUGUGUGUAUCUUCAAGAUUGGAAUCUGGGUCUAGAGCUUGGAGAUGCUUGGCGUGGGUCACCUAAGACUAUAUAGUGGAUAUAUCCUUAAGUAUCUUCAGUCUUAGAAUAGUUCAACCCAACCACUAUAAUUAUAUCCAUGUGAGCUUUGUUCUUAGAACACAUUUUUAUAAUGUGUGUGCACCUAACAUACAGUAGGUGUGCUUUAUGUGCAUCAUCGCAAUCCUCACAACUGGAGGCAGAUAGUUAUUAUCUCCAUUCUGCAUAGUGGAAACUAUGGCUGGAGAGAGUAGGCAGCUUUUCCAGGUGGUGGAACUAGAGUUUGAACGGAGACUCUGAUAUCACCUCUGAAUUUGGAAACAAGGUAAAGAUUUAGCCUCAAUUUGAAAAAAUAAGUAUCAACAUGAAAAAAUAUAUUAACUAACUCUCAGAUAACCACUCUAAGAAUAUCUGCAUAUUGCUGAUGAGUCCAGGGUUCUUCACAAUCCAGAUGAGGAGAAACAGUGAGGCUGUGGUGCUGCCGAAAUGGCGUCUUCAUAGUAGACCCAGAGAGAGGAUAAGCAUCCAUCAGAGUGUGUAAGAUUCCAGCUCCAGGAGCCAGCACUCCCCUCUCAGCUGGGGUGUAGGCCUUAGGUGGACCAGGCACCCAGGUGAACUGCAGGAAUCCUAUCAGCACUACAUAAGAUCUCCCAACCCCUGCCCUGACUCUUGGAUUCCAAAUCAACUUCUGCUGGUAAAACCCCUACCCAGGCUUUUCCACACUGCCUGACCCAUAAGAACAUUCUAAUUUAUCUGCCAUUCAUUGAUUCAUUUGUUUUAGUAAACUCCUACUAAGUUUCUCUUCUCCAUUCUUUCCCUCUGGCCCUAAAAUUCUCACUUUGAAUGACCUAAGUAUGUUCAUUUAUUUGGACUGACAGAAAUGGCAUUCUUUGCUACAUCUGUAUGUAUGAAAGCCAGCGAUCCACACCAUUCCUCUGAUAGCAGAUUCAUAUCCUGGAGGGUUGUCAGUGUUGCCUUCCAGACUAAGAAUGAAAUUUUGUGUUAUUUAGUUAAUGGAUUCAUACUUGGAAGAAGAAAAGAGGUGUGUGCUUUGUUCUGUCGAGGCAGCUGGAAUACAGACCUCGGUGGUUAUUGGUCAUUCCUUUUGCUCUGUGCCUGUGAGCAGUGAAGUGUUUUCCAUUCAGCAAAGGUGCUGUCUCUAAUAUUUUCGGCUGUUUCUCCCUUCUUCUGACAUUUGAUGACCAAUUUUUUUUUCCU